AUGUUCCACUUCACUACAUUAAUUCCCUUUGCAGUUUUCGGCGUUGUUGAGCAUCGUCCCAACAGGGGGACCAAGCGGCCCCGUGACGAGGAGGAGGAGGAGAUCAAGGCCCGUCGGAAGCAGGGCAGCGCGCGGGAGCACCCCCGGCACCGGGAGGAGGAGGCGGCUGCGCUGGAGGAGACCGACGACGAGAAGAAGAAACUCGUUCAGAUACUGGAGAGGGAUGGAGAGGAGGAGGAGGAGGAAGAGGAGCCGUUGGACGAAAGCUCGGUGAAGAAGAUGAUCCUCACCUUUGAGAAGAGGUCUUACAAAAACCAGGAGCUGCGGAUCAAGUUUCCUGACAACCCCGAGAAGUUCAUGGAGUCCGAACUGGAUUUGAACGACAUCAUUCAGGAGAUGCACGUGGUCGCGACGAUGCCGGACCUGUACCACCUGCUGGUGGAGCUGAACGCGGUGCAGUCGCUCCUGGGGCUGCUGGGACACGACAACACCGAUGUUUCCAUCGCUGUGGUAGACCUGCUUCAGGAGCUGACGGAUAUUGAUACUCUCCAUGAGAGUGAAGAGGGAGCUGAGGUCCUCAUAGACGCCCUGGUGGAGGGCCAGGUCGUGGCCUUGUUGGUGCAGAAUUUGGAGCGCCUGGAUGAGAGCGUGAAGGAGGAAGCUGACGGUGUCCACAACACGCUGGCCAUCGUGGAGAACAUGGCAGAGUUUCGGCCGGAGAUGUGCACGGAGGCGGCGCAGCAGGGCCUGAUGCAGUGGCUGCUCAAGAGGCUGAAG